AACCAGCUACGCACACAUCAUCGCUUUGCCAAGCUAGUUGCACGCUCGGCGCUCGCUCUCCCCGCCGUGCAGAGGGGGAGGGAGGAGCUGCUCCGAUGUGGGCACUUGGCUCGCCGGGGAGGCUGCCGGCGAUGGAGGAGUGCGGCGAGGACGGGGAGGAGGACGCGGACCCGUACAGCCACCGGGCGCGCGGCGCGAUGGCCUCCUGCUGGGGCCGCUUCGGCGUCGCCGCGCUGUGGCGCAGGCUGUGGCACCACCUCAGCCUGGCGCGGCGCAGGCGCCGGCUCGGCCGCUCCUCCAUCCUCGGCGCCGGCAGCCUCAACUACGACCCGCUCAGCUACGCGCAGAACUUCGACGACGGCUGCCUCGAGGAGCGGGAGCCGGACUUCAGCGCUAGGUUCGCGCCCGCGCGGCACGCCGCCGGCUCGCCGAGGCUGACCGUGGGCGCGGAUCGGGACGUCGCCGCAGCUUGACGCCGACCGGGUCCGCUCUUGCCGCCGUGCAUACGGAUCGGAGCUUUUACCACUUCUCGUGCGCCUAGGCAGAGUGGCAGACUGCUGGUAACUGCUCCUCCAACACGUCUUCGAUCAGUUGAAUGUAGGAGUACAUACAUGAUACAUGUCGCAGACUCGCAGGCUCGCUUGGAUGGAUGCAAGUAGAUUCGAUGUAGCUUAAUCAAGCUCAUCUCAUCAGAGACAAAAAUAAAAAUUCUUGCCAGUCUGCUGGUUUCUGCAGCAUUCUUGCCGGUUUGCUGGUUCUGCAGCGUUCUUGCAGAGUUGCAGGGAUUCUUGAAGUUUUUCUUUUGCUCGUGUUUAUGUCCACUUGAGAUCCAAGCUUCGGCACAGCAAUCGUUGUUCAGAAAAGUCUAACUCGUUCUUGGAGUCGAGAGAAUUCACUUUCUGUUCAUAUUUUCCCCUCAGAGCACAUCCAUAUUCAACAAAAGAAACCAAAA